AUGCCUGUGCCGAUGGACGAUAAUGAUAGGAAGAGGAGGAUCGUCGUCGGUGCAUCGGGUUGUGGAGAAGAGCGAGAUCAUCCUCGUACAUACCAGAGAAAGAACCUCUCUGGCGUCGUAGACCGAACCCAAGCGGGUCGUACCGAUUGCGUAGGAGCCGACGAGCUGUCGCAGCGGCAAUUUCGCAAGCUUCAAGCCGUCCAUAUCGAUCCGCCGGGCGACCAGUAUAGCUCCACAGCUUUGUUGCUGAAGUCACAUGAGUUGACAUCUUUAGCGUUGUGGAAUAAAAGACAUGCCUUCCGCAAUUGCAAGACCCAUAACAGCUUCGCGCUCUCGAUCAACAUCAUACCUGGACUGAUUGUAGAAGUGAUUGUGCUCGAAAAAUCGCAACGCUUCGUGCGCAGCCGCACCUCCGAUAUCAGAGGGAAGGACAGAAUUCAGGUUGACCUGGAACGCUCUGGUUUAGUAAAAGUGCUGAGUUACGGCUGCGAACGCUAA